UUGCACUGGACACACACAGCCAAGAGUGAGCUAGCUCUAAUAAACCCUGUAGUAAACGCACAGCAGCUCGGUAGGCAAGCUAUGGCGACGAAAGCGGCGGUGAUCGCCACGCUGCUUGCCCUGAACCUGCUCUUCUUCACCUUGGCCGACGACUGCGGCUGCAAGCUGCCUAGCCCGCCGCCGCCGGGCGGGGGAGGAGGAGGAGGGGGCGGCGGCGGUGGAGGCAAGGGUGGAGGAGGAGGGACCGGUGGCUGCCCUAUUGACGCGCUGAAGCUUGGGGCGUGCGCGAACGUGCUGGGCGGGCUGAUCAACCUGCGGCCGGUGACGACGCCGAAGCAGACGUGCUGCUCGCUGCUCCAGGGGCUGGCGGACCUGGAUGCAGCCGUGUGCCUGUGCACGGCGCUCAAGGCCAACAUCCUGGGCAUCCACCUCAACGUCCCCGUCGACCUCAGCCUGCUCGUCAACUACUGCGGCAAGAACGUCCCCUCCGGCUUCCAGUGCCCCACCUAGAAGACCCAUCCACUGCAACAUCUUUUUUCCCACUGCAACACCUCCGGGAUAUAUGUCAUUGACUAACCCUCUGUAAAAUAAUAUAAGAUGUUUUAUAUCACUAAAGUAGUGAUCUAAACCAUCUUAUAUUUGCUUACGGAGGUAGUAGUAGAGCAUAGCUUGUCGUACGUAUAUUGCUUGCUUGGUUAAUCAAUCGAUCACUUGCUAGUUUGUUUAAACUUCA